AUGCUCUCGCAACGUGUUGUACGCGCCGUUGCGACCGCCCGGCAAGCGCCCACAAUAAGGGCCUUGUCAACAACAGCUGCAAUCCGGAGCGACCGCCUGCCAGCACUGGGUGACAUCCAGCCGGACCAGCACGAGACAUUCAACAGCCGGCAGAAGACGUUCCGCUCGCAGCUUGUGGAGGCACAGAAACAGCGGGAAGCCAGUGGGUUUGCCUCAUCUUCCUCUUCAUCUUCUAGCGCCCCCUCCUCUUCCUCGGCCCAGGGCCUUGGAUCGCUGAGCACUGCCACGACCGGUACAGGGACUUCGAAGCACGCUGCUGAACAACAGCCAUCCCCGCGCAAGGCGGGUCCCCUAACCAACCUUAUCUACGGCACCAAGGAGGGCCGCGAGCUAGACGCUCAAAUCGAGGCCAGCUUCAGCCAAGUGCUUGCCCGCGGCAAGUACGUACACUCGAUCGAAUUCCACGAUGUGAAGCCCGAGCACGUCGAGGAGUACGUUGCUCUCGUUGGAAAGUGGUACCCACGCGUUGCCGGUUCAGCCGAGAAUAAAGUUCACCUUGUGGGAAGUUGGAGGACCGAGGUGGGCGAUUGCGACACAUUUGUCCACAUUUGGGAAUACCAGCGCUACCAGGGCUUCCACGCCUCGCUGAACAGCAUCUCUCACCACAAGGAGUUCCCCGACUUCGACCGGAAACUACGCAGCCUAAUCCGCGGAAAACGCACCUCGCUCAUGCAGGAGUUCAGCUUCUGGCCGACGACACCCCCGCGCCAGCUGGGCGGGCUAUUCGAACUGCGCUCGUACACACUGCACCCGGGCAAUCUGCUCGAGUGGGAGACGCACUGGCGGCGCGGCCUCAAAGCCCGCCGCGAGGUGAUGGAGGGCGUGGGUGCGUGGUUCGUUCAGAUCGGCGACCUCAACACUGUCCACCAUCUAUGGCAGUUUGCCGAUCUCGAGGAGCGCAAGAUCCGCCGUGAGAAGAGCUGGGGCAUAGAAGGCUGGGCUGAGACGGUGCACAAGACGGUUCCGCUGAUCCAGGAGAUGAAGAGCCGGAUCCUGGUUCCCAUGCCGUGGUCGCCCGUGGCUUAA